AUGUCUCCCAAUCUGGUUGACAUCGAAGCAACCCAGGAAGUUGCUGACGAUACCACUAUUUCAACAUCGAGUGGCGAGAAAAACGAGUUUGAAAAGGCACCCGAUGGGGGUCUUCAGGCAUGGCUCGUGACAGCAGGAACUGCUUGCAUCUUUUUCUCGGGAUUAGGGUUCUCCAACUCAUUUGGAAUCUUUGAGCAAUACUAUCUCUCACACCAACUCAAAAAUGAGUCUGCGGAUAACGUUGCCUGGAUUGGAUCCCUGGCAGCCUUUCUUCAAUUUGCAGCAGGUGCUCUGGGAGGGCCAUUGUUUGAUCGAUAUGGAGCUUGGGUUAUUCGGCCAGCCGCAUUCACUUUUGUCUUUGCUAUGAUGAUGACAAGUCUAUGCAAAGAGUACUGGCAGUUUAUGCUUGCCCAAGGUGUUCUUCUGGGCACCUCCAUGGGGCUUCUUCAAUUCCCAGCAAUGGCAGCAGUCAUGCAGCAUUUCGAUAAAAAUAUCGCUGCUGCUUUGGGUGCAGCAGUUUCCGGGUCCUCGAUCGGUGGCGUAGUCAUCCCUAUUGCAUUAUCAAAGAUGCUGAACAGCACAUCCCUUGGCUUCGGAUGGUCAGUUCGAAUCAUCGGGUUCAUCAUCACUCCACUUCUGGCAUUCGCAUGCAUCACCGUCAAAUCGCGUCUUCCACCACGCAAAACCUCAUUUUUCAUUCCAUCGGUAUUCAAAACUCCGAAGUUCUCCCUUCUUGUCGCGGCAAUCUUCUUCAUGUUCCUCGGGCUAUUCACUCCAUUAUUCUAUAUGCCAACAUACGCAGUAUCAAGAGGAAUGGAUGUUACUCUUGCCUCGUAUCUCCUUGCGAUCCUCAACGCUGCUUCAACCUUUGGGCGAGUUAUUCCGGGUAUAUUGGCGGACAAAUUUGGUCGAUUGAAUGUUCUGGCCAUAGGUGGUAUCCUAACCGGCAUUAUCAUUUUCUGCAUGAAUGAGGCAAAGUCGACCCCUGCUCUGAUUGUUUAUUCGAUUGCGUUCGGAUUCUGGUCGGGAACCAUCAUCUCCGGUUCCACUGCCGCGUUCUCAACCGUUAUCCCAGAUCCUCGGGCUGUCGGUACAUACUUGGGCACGGGAAUGGCUGUUGCCUCUCUUGCUUCAUUGAUCGGGCCUCCAGUCAAUGGUGCACUGCUGAAUAAGUAUGGUGGAUUUCUGCAGGUUUCGAUAUUUAGUGGAACUAUGUGUAUUGUGGGAGGAUUCAUUGCUCUUUUGACCAAGACUACAACCUCUCAAGGUCUUCUUGGAAGAGUGUAA